GACGGGGAAUCGAGGAGAAAAGAAGCCGGGCUUCGUGCCCGCCCUUCGGGUACCGCUCUCCGGGCGGCACGAGGAGGGAAUCAGCGGCUUUCGGGAGCCGGGCAGCCAGGCUGCGGGGCGCUGCUCCCGGCGGCAGGGGCCGGGGUCUACCGAGCACCGCGCAAAAUGGCAGCGGCGCCGCCUAGGGCUCCGCGCCCACUUACCGAGGAAGACCGACGAGAGGUCCGCGGCCGAGCCACCGCGGGGAAGAAACUUUCCGGCCCGAGCGGGCAUCCCCGCGCGGCGCCCGCCCCGCCGCCGCCUCACCGCCCCUCACGGCUCCGGGCGGGCGGGCGGCGGGGCUGGGCCGAGCGCCGGGCUCUCCCUCGGCCCCACCGCCGCCGUCCGUCUCAGGUUGCUCGGCGGGAGCGCUGCCCCCUCGCCAUGCCGCAUCCUUCCCGCCGCGGGGCCGCCCCUCGGCAGCGCCCGCCCGCCGGCCCGGCGGAGCCGCUGUCUCUGCUGCUUAGGGCGGUGCGCGGCUGCCGCGGCUGGCGGCCGGACUCGGAGCCGUUGCUAGGAGACGGAGCCGUGACACAGGGAAAUGGCUGCAGGACGGCCGCCGCCGCCGCCCCCCCACCUGCGCACCUGCGCCCGCCCGCCGCGGCCCUGCCCUCACACGGCCCGCCCCCGGCCGCCCGGCUCCGCCCCAGCCGCCACGCCCUGCCCCGCCUCGGCCCGCCAUGUCGUGCGUGCUGAGUCGGUGGGGUUAGGUGCCGUCCGGAAUGAUGAGGAAGACAGCCAGGAAGCAGAUGAGAAGAUGAAGAAGGCAAUAAAGGGAGAAAGAUGAAAGUCAGAGCUGAGAUAUGUCAACGUGGUCACACUGGAUCUCACAUUUUCUGCAGAGACCAGGAAGCAGUAUUCUCAUCUGAGCAUCUUUGUGGAAAUUUUGAUUAAAUUGAAGCCACAUUAAGCUGUCACACAAGUGAGAUAUAAUCUA